AUGGGUGAGAAACGAUCCGAUCGAGAAGUAGAAAAGCUGUUUAAAACAUUAGAAACAGUUUCCGAAAUAAAAGACAAUCAGAUUGAUAAAGUAUCUUCAGCUGGAAAAGAUCUCCAAGAUUUGAAGAGUCAAUUGGAUGUAGCUAUUGACAGGUGUGAUAGUAUCAUCGAUAAUCAAAGUCAAUACGACACUGCAAAGGCACUCGAGCUGAAACGCGAACUCCGCAAAACAGAAUGGGAGGCGUUUGUGGUGGAUAUGGAUGCCAAGUUGCAGAAAGUUGACGAAACUUUCCAAGAGAAAGAGAACGAGUUGAAGGAGUUCUAUUGUGAUUUAGAAAGAAAGUUGCAUCUAACGUCAGACUAA